UAGACCCAUUUCUUUCCACCACACACUGUCGACUCUGAACACCAGUGGAACUAGUAGUACAGUAGUAGUAGGUCCGUAGGCUAUUUUUUUUCCCUUUGUUUUUUUGUAAUUUAUUUUUUGUAAUUUUCCCAGUUGGCUAGGCUAGUUCCUAACGCCUGGGGUUUUUUUUAGAAUUGGUUGGAGUUCGAGCAUAGGCAAGGCGAGGUAAUUCGUUGUUGAAUUGCCUUGUUGGGCUGACGAAGGCUAAGCGGUGAAGUGUUUGUUUUGUUUACAUGAAAGGCCUAUACCUUACUGUCCGUAUCCGAAUAACUUGGGGUUCGUAAACGAGCGAUCUAAUGACCUACCCUCUGGGCAUUAUGUUGACUUAUCCGGUUUCGUUGAAAGUUCGUAAACACAACCUUUGUAAUCGACAAGGGUAUGUUAACAAGUUAUCAGCUAUCGGGUCCUCCCUCGCCUGUAACUUAUCGUACCAUAGUAUUUGACUGCUGUCUGAUUUUUGCGUGCCCCGAUAUCAAUAUCACUGAAUUCAUGACUUCGAUAACAAACAUGAAUGAAAAGUUACCUUCGAUUUCUUGAUAAUAAUGAGAGCAAAGGUUUGGCGCCAGAGGGCAUCCAGUUAACAUUACUCAGUCAUACAGUAGGUCUAUAAAAUUAUUAUUUGUAAACAGUAGACCAAUUGAAAAUAUAACAAAGACCAAUAUCGCGGUAUUUUGUUGUUUGUCGAAAGUCUUCGUGUCGACGUUUGAUGUUGGUAAAGUAUUGCUUCUGUGUUCACAAUUAAUAUUUAGAGGGGAAAAGCCGAUGAAGCUGAUCAAAGUAUCCACGCUUUUGUUUAACAACUAAAUAUCCUGAGAUGGCUAUACAUUCCGCAGACUGAUGCCCAUCCGUUGACGAAUCAUGGAAAAUACUAAAGCAAAAUGUCAACCUAUCCCAGAAGAAAAAUCGAAUGAUGGGGUCACUUCAGGUACAAAAUUGCAUCGAGCUUCGUAUGAUUUCGAUGCAAGAGAAGAAGAUGAACUGUCGAUAAACAAAGGUGAUUUAUUAGAAGUUCUGGAUAAAAGCAACGGGCCUUGGUGGUUGGUGAGGUCUAUCCGAACACAAAAAGAAGGGUUGGUUCCAAGCAACUAUAUUGCAGCACUAGAGUCAAAUGAGUUUAACAUGUCGGAUGGCCACAAUUCAAAUAACUAUGAAGAUCCUACUGAAUUUAUUGAUGACAAAGAGUUUGACAUGUCAGAAAGCUACAAUGCAAAUCACUUUGCUGAUCCAAAUAGGCCUAUAGAUGACGAAGAUUGGUAUUUCGGCAACAUGGAAGGGAGUGAUUUGGAUAAACUACUCAUCGGCUGCAAUCUACCACGGGGAACGUUCCUGAUUCGAGAUAGCAGCAGUUUCCCGGGGCAGUUCACUUUGUCAGUGCUUGGCGAUGGAGACGGUGUUGUAAAAUACUCCAUUAAAAUGCGACAAAACAUUGGAUAUUACAUUUCAAAGUCAAAGACAUUCGGUACUAUUACGGAGCUUGUUAAUUACUACAAACUAGAAGCUAAUGGGCUCUGUUGCAAAUUGGAGAUGCCCUUACCAAAGAUCACACCAACAACUUCAAGCUCGAGUGAAGGCAUUAAUUGGGAGAUUAAAAUAGACUCCCUUAAACUUGAAUCACGAAUUGGUAGAGGACGGUAUUCAGAUAUCUGGAAAGGGAAAUGGAGCGGGCGUGCUACAGUAGCUAUAAAAUUGUUUUUAAAAGGAACAAAAACGCACUCGGCUUUUCAAAAAGAAGCAGACAUAAUGAAGACUUGUAUGCAUGAGCAUCUGGUUAGGUUGUAUGCUGUAUGUUCAGAAAAUCCACUGUGUAUGGUGUUAGAAUACAUGGCUAAUGGAAGUUUGCUGGAUUAUCUGAGAGGAAAUGAUGGCAGGCGUCUUCUCAUCUCUGACCUCAUAGAAAUCGCUGCUCAAAUCUCCAAUGGCAUGGCUUACUUGGAAACCAAAAAUAUCAUUCACAGGGACCUCAGAGCUAGUAACGUAUUAGUAGAUAAACACAUAAAAUGCAAGGUAUCCGACUUCGGUUUAGCAUGCGAGUUAAAAGAUAAUAAGACGACUUCAAAUACCGAUGAAUUGUUGGCAAUUCGCUGGACGGCUCUAGAGAUUCUUCUCUCUGUUGGCCAAUUUACAAUCAAAUCUGAUAUUUGGUCAUUUGGUGUCCUUCUCUCUGAGCUGAUUACCUAUGGACAACUUCCAUAUUCAGAUGUGAUGAAUGAUGAACAAGUGUAUGAAAAAGUAAUCAACGGAUACAGGAUGGCGCAACCAAAGGACUGCCCAGUUGCAAUAUAUGACCUGAUGCAUAAAUGCUGGAAAAGCGAACCAGAAGAUCGUCCACCUUUCAAAUUAAUUCAUGAUUUUCUUCAUAAUUACUACGGCAUUUCUUAAACAAGUAGUUACUUGCAAGAUUGAAAAUUGAACAACAUGAUUCAUCUGCGUUGAAUAGAGACCGUUUACGGUACGGUUGUCAACAGUCUGGGUCUACAGGUAUUUUCCAAUGUAUAUUAUUAUCAACCAGCUGUAUACUGAACACACGUACUGAAAAAUGAACCUGUUAGUUAAAAGUCCCAGAGUAUGCUUUCAGCAGAUUUCAUCAUUAAGCAAUGCCAUUUUAUUUUAUUAAACCUAUUACAAUUAUGGAUCCAGUUUUACUCAAGUAGUAUGAUGCCGGUCAAAGACAGAGUAGUAGGCCUAUUUAAUUUACAGUAUAUUUGGUUAUUUUAUACUAUAUUGUGUUGAGGAAAUUGUGUUUUAAUGGCUGAUUUUCGAUAUAGGCUUAUUAUUUUCGCAACAGUGGAAUUUGUUCUGUUGUGAUAACUAACUACACUUGAUAAUGCCACGUUAAUUUUCGAUGUCAAAAUAAAGAAAUAAAGCUACACAGCGUUUAAACCCGCA